AUGAAGAAAACCAAACUGUUGCACAGCCACCCACCAAAUGAGCAUGAAGAAGAUGAAGAAGAAAGAAGAAGAAAGGACAUGAAGCCCUACAUCCUCCAACUGCCAAACCACCUGACUGUUGAGAUCUUCUGCAAAAUCCCAAUUAAAACCCUCAUCCAAUGCAGGUGUGUGUGCAAGUCUUGGCGUUGUUGGCUCUCAGACCCCGAAUUCACCAAAUACCUCUUCUCAGAAACACCUACUUGCCUUUUGCUCCAAAACAGCAGCUCCAGAAACCCCAACUCGACUGGCCUCUUCUUGAUCGACCUCGACAACGCUUCUAGCAGGAAUGACGUUGUCAUUAAGCUUCAUAAAGACCCUAAUGUCCCAACUCUUGGUGUACAAAUCGUGGGUUCCUGCAAUGGCUUCCUAUGCCUAUACGACAGGAUCAACUAUGGCCGAUUUUAUGUCUCCAACCCCGUUUUGGGUGAGUCUUUAACUCUUCCAAAACUUCCCAAGGAAAUUGAUUUUCCAUUUCUGUCGGGGUUUGGGUUUUGUCCCAUCAAUGAUGUCAAUGCUUAUAAGUUAGUUCUGGUUUCAUCUCCUAGUGAAGGAUGUAACCAAGGGGAGAUAAUGGUUUUGACUGUUGGCUCUGGGGGUUGGAGAAAUGUUGGGAAUUUUGUGUACCCUUUUCCUUUUGGGUACCAAUCAUGUGGGAUUUUCCAUAAUGGUUUUCUUCAUUGGAUUUCUCAGUGCAGUGACAACUCUGUUUUGAUUUGUGCCUUUGAUCUUGAAAGUGAGCGCUUCCAAGAGUUGCCGCUGCCGCCUUGGUCUUUGGAAAAACCUCUUAUCAGCCUUGGGGUCCUGAAAGGUUGGCUCUCCAUAUUUGUCCCCUCCAAAGGUAAUAUCAAUGUUUGGGUGAUGAAGGAUUAUGGUGUGCAGGAGUCUUGGACCAAAGAGCUUGUCCUUAAACAGGUGAUUGGUUACUCAGCUAGCUCUUCUGCUACCCAAGUAUUGAAAUUUACCAAGAAGGGAAAAGUCUUGUUCUUUCAAAAGUAUAAACUGAGGGUUUAUACUCCUGGAAAAAGGGGCUCCAUCCCGGCAGCGGUUGAUGGGAUACCAUUAAUGGUUGAAGCAUUUGUGCAUAUUCCAAGCUUUGUUUCUCUUAACGAUGCCAUCAUGGAUUUGAGUUCAAAUGGAAAAUAUUAA